CGAACAAUCGCUCGCAUACAGGAACUCUAUUUCUGAUUGCCGUUCGUUAUUGUGCAAUUCAUUAGAAUAGAACGUACCUAUAAUUUGUGAUAUUUCCAGAUGUUCGUUACUUGUCAGACCAGGUGAUACCAUAACAGUUCAAUGCCGAAAAAAUUUAAAGGUGAGAACUCGAAGGCUGUAGUUGCGAAAGCCAGAAAGGCGGAAGCCAAGGCAAUAGAAGAUGAAAGAAGAGAAAAAGCAAUUGAGGACGAGAAAUGGAGAGAUGACGACAAAUACGUAGCCAGGAAACAAGAAAGAAAGGCAUCGAAGGACAAGAAGAGACAAGAAGAUUUAGAGAGGAAACUUGCCAAGAAACAACUCCUUGAAGAAGAAGAAGCUGCUCUGGCUAAAAUUUCGGCGAAGCCACAGUCGACAAAAUUGACAAGAACUGAAAUUCAACAAGAAUUAGAGAAACAAGAACAGCAAAGAAAAGAAAAAGCAAAACGUAACAUUAGUGUUAAUGAAGACCCUCUUGAAGAGAACCCUAACAUACCUCUAGAAGAAGGAGCUGUGGAAGCCAGAUCUGUUGAAGAUGCCAUUGCUGUACUCAGUGUUAAAGAGUCUCAAGUUGAGAGGCACCCAGAAAGAAGGAUGAAAGCUGCUUAUCAAGCCUUUGAAGAAGAAAAUCUACCAAGAUUAAAAGCUGAUUUUCCAAAUUUCCGAUUAUCACAACUGAAGCAGAUGUUGAAAAAAGACUGGAUGAAAUCACCAGAGAAUCCAAUGAAUCAAAGAAGUGAAUCUUAUAAUAAGAAAAGAUGAUCAGACACUUAUAAAAUAUUAUUAUUAGAAACACUUGCAUCUUAAUGUUUCAUAUCACGAGUGGGGUCAACUUCAUUAUGCAUUACUUACUAUGUAAGAAAAUCAGCAGCUCUGAUUAUUUGCUUGCAUGCAUUUGUAUCUUUGGUUUUCCAAAAUCUAGCAAAAGCAGAGAUCUUUUAACCCCAAAGGCUUGCCGAACGAGUACAUCAUUUUUGAUGUUAUUUUUGGAGAAUGUUUGUAUGUAACAUUAAUAUAAAAUGCAUUUGAAGAUGGCGAGAUUGGUAGUAUGCAUUAAACACAAUUGUCAUUAUUCGUAACAUUAUUUGUCGAUCCAUACUAAAAAUACAUGUAUGUUUCCACAUGUUAUGUACUGUAAGGGAAGUAAAUAAAAGUUUGUAUUUA